CCAUUGACACUCAUCAAGAAAAGCUUUUCUUAUCUUCUCAUUUUUAUCUUCAUUGGCAAAUAUGGUCUCUUUAAGACCAUUCCUUCUUUUUCUUCUCACCAGCAUUCUAAUUCAUCACUCAUGUUCCAAAAAAGAUCGCAAGACUUAUAUUGUCUAUAUGGGUGAUCAUCCCAAGGGUAUUGACCCAGCCACUUUACCUUCACUUCAUUCCAUAAUGGCUCAAAAUGUCCUUGGCAGUGAUUUUGAACCAGGAGCCGUACUUCACAGCUACCGGAAGAGUUUUAAUGGAUUUGUUGUGAAGUUGACAGAAGAUGAGGCAGAAACAUUGGCUGAAAUGGACGAUGUGGUAUCGGUUUUUCCAAAUACAAAGAAUCGUCUUCUCACAACAAAAUCGUGGGACUUCAUAGGCCUCCCACAAAAUAGUAAAAGACAGAGUUUGGAGAGUGACAUAAUUGUUGGAGUAUUAGACUCUGGAAUUUGGCCUGAAUCAAAGAGUUUCUCCGAUGAAGGAUUCGGUCCACCACCAAAAAAAUGGAAGGGAUCAUGCCACAACUUCACUUGCAACAAUAAAUUAAUUGGUGCACGAUACUUUAAUAUCGAGAGUGCCUAUGGUAAAAAAGAUAUCAAAGCUCCAAGAGAUAUAAAUGGGCAUGGGACACAUUGUGCAUCCACAAUAGCCGGAAACACGGUUCAUUCGGUAAGCCUAGAAGGGUAUGCCUCAGGGACAGCACGCGGAGGAGUUCCUUCCGCACGUAUUGCUGUGUACAAAGUAUGUUGGGAAGGAGGAUGCGACGAUACUGAUAUCCUUGCAGCGUUUGAUGCAGCACUUGCUGACGGCGUUGAUGUUCUUUCCGUCUCUCUUGGACCUGCAGAAAUGCAAAUACCAUUUAUUCAAUAUUUUGAAAAUUCUAUUAACAUUGGUAGUUUCCAUGCAAUGAAAAAAGGUGUAUUAACCUCGAAUGCCGCUAGUAAUUUUGGUCCGGAUGUUUUCACUAUGACAAAUUUUCCACCAUGGUUACUUUCCGUAGCUGCUAGUACUUUUGGAAGAAAGUUCGUUACGAAAGUGCAACUGGGAAAUGGUAAAGUUUAUGAGGGGUCAACAAUUAACACAUUUGAUCUCAAAAACAAAAUGUUUCCAAUAAUUUUCGCAAGAGAUAUACCCAAUACUGCUGGUGGAUUUAACAGUUCUGAAUCAAGGCGUUGCUCCAAGGACUCGGUAGAUAAACACGCAGUAAAGGGAAAGAUAGUUUUAUGCGAAUGGGUUCAAGAUUCUUCAGAUGUGGGAUUUUUCUCAGGAGCUGUUGGUGUAAUAUUUGGAUUUGUUUAUUCACAAGAUUCUCCAUCUAUAUAUGCCUUGCCAACCACGUUACUCAGUCUAUGGGAUUUUAGAGAAAUUCAAUACUACAUGAAAUCAACAAAAAAUCCAACUGCCACGAUAUUUAAGAGUGAAGAAGUCGAAGAUUUGUUGUCCCCUUAUGUAGCUUCGUUUUCAUCAAGAGGUCCGAAUCCAAUUACACCAAAUAUUCUCAAGCCUGAUAUCACUGCCCCGGGAGUUAAUGUUAUAGCUGCAUGGACUCCACUUGACCCGAUUUCUGAAUUUGAAGAUGACAAAAGAAUAUUAUCAUAUAAUGUUAUCUCGGGAACUUCAAUGGCAUGUCCUCAUGCAGCUGGAGCAGCCGCAUAUGUUAAAUCAUUUCACCCUAAUUGGUCUCCUGCUAUGAUCAAGUCUGCACUUAUGACCACUGCUACUCUAAUGAGUCCUGCUUUAAAUCCCGAAGCUGAAUUCGCAUAUGGCGCUGGGCAGAUAAAUCCUGUUAAGGCAACAAAUCCAGGAUUAGUAUAUGAUAUUAGCGAAGCAGAUUAUGCCAAUUUCUUGUGCGGAGAAGGGUACACAGAUAAACAACUACGAAAUCUUACUAAAGAUAAGAGUAACUGCAAGGUGAAAGCUAAUGAGAAAGAAGUAUACAAUUUGAAUCUUCCAUCAUUUGCUCUUAAAAUAAACCAUACGUUUUUCGGUCAUGUUUACCAUAGAACGGUAACAAAUGUGGGAUCAGCAAAAUCUAUUUAUAAAGCAAGAGUAAUAUCUCCGUCUUUGUUGGAAAUUCAAGUGAAACCUAAUGUUCUGUCUUUCACAUCUAUAGGACAGAAAAAAACAUUCUCGCUUACGAUUGAAGGGAAGAUUAAUGUGGAAGUAAUGUCUGCUGCUUUGAUUUGGGAUGAUGGGAGUCAUCAAGUUAGAAGCCCAAUUGUUGUGUAUGGGAAGUAUGCUUGAAUUCUAUGAUUCUAUAGGCAUGUGAUACAAGAAAAUAAUAAUGGCUUGUAAAGGAAGUUUUCAUAUCACAUUCUUAUGCAUAUGGAACUUUACAAAUUUGUAUGUUGUCUAAGUUGCUUGUUGUGUGUGUUGGUACUUGUCUUCAAUAAGUUAAAGUUAAUGCAAAAAACUUGUCUUUUGAACUCAA